AUGCAUGGCUACGAUAACCUUCACCCUCUGAUGCGAGCUGUCUUUGUUGCUCGCGGUCCGGCGUUCCCCCAUGCUCCCAACACCGAGCUUGAGGUCUUCCAAAACAUCAAUGUUUACAACAUGCUAUGCGACUCCCUAGGCUUGGUUCCGGCUCCCAAUAACGGCACACUCCGCCUGCCUCUGACGCCUAUUGGGUUGCAUUCAGGGCAAGAUUUCUCCGAACCUCUUCAAGAUCCCGAGAUCACACCCUUGCCUGAGGCCACAAAGAGCAUCGGGAUUGACACCGUCUCAGUCGCUGUACCUACCACUGCCAGUCUAGACAAUGCCAAAUCGUCAGACGUAACGCCUGUACCUUCCCAACCCUCUUCUAGCGGCGAUGGUGAAGACACUACCGAAGAAGAGGAUGAGGAGGAAAUUUCCAAGGCCGAGGCUGCGAUUAAGGACCUCUGGGACUGGUUCAAGGCGAAGAUCGAUCAAGUUUGGAACAAGGUCAGCGGGUCCAGCUAA